ACAUAUACCCAGCUUUCAUGAAGGCAAGCCAUUUUUGCCCUUCUUCAGAUUUGCAGACAAACCAACACGACAGGUCCAGGCAUUCACUCGUCAGAUAUUAUUCGCGCAAGGAGAGUUUGACGACAUGCCUAAUUUCGAUGGCAAGGUGGCCCUCAUCACCGGUGCAUCUUCGGGAAUAGGCGAAGGAACUGCUGUUCACUUGGCUUCACUGGGUUGUUGGCUUUCGCUAACGGCCAGGAACAUGGUCGCUCUGGAAGCUGUGGCGGAGAGGUGUAGGGCGGAAGGUGUUCCCAAGGACAAGGUGAGACAUGUUGCGCCAUACUCAAUUAGCAAAGCUGGACUGGAUCAGCUUACUCAAGUAUCUGCAUUGGAGCUUGCCAAGUAUGGGAUUCGUGUUAAUGCUGUGAAUCCAGCCAUAACUGACACGAAGAUGGUGUUUGGACAUAUCAAGAAUGUCGAUGACAAGAAACAGAGGGUAUUGGAGGUGGGUUCCGAGAUGCCUCUCGGCAGGAUUGGAACUGUGGAUGACGUGGCCCGUGCUAUCGCAUUCCUGGCCUCAGACGACGCCUCCUUCAUCACUGGUCACCUGCUUACAGUCGACGGCGGUUGCAUUUUAUCUGGCAUGCCAGGUUCUCGGCGGUUUCAUACGGUGAAAUCGACCGCACUACGUUCUGGCGAAAAUGUUACUCUUAGCCACUGAUAUCAGGUGAUCAUACUUAUUGGAACAAUACUGUUCUAUA